GCCGCCGCCGUUGCUGCCGCCGCCUCCCGCAAAGCCAACCCGUCCCCUGCUAGCCCCAACGGGAACCUCAGCCCCGGAGCCGCGGGCGGACCGAGAGCCACAAUGGUGGCUCCCCCUGGUAGCGGAGGAGGAGCCCCCCCUGGAGGAAGUGGCACCAGGGGCCAGAGUACAGGCAAAGGACCUCCACAGUCUCCUGCUUUUGAGGGUGUUUAUAACAAUUCCCGAAUGCUGCACUUUCUAACAGCAGUUGUGGGAUCAACAUGUGAUGUGAAAGUGAAAAGUGGAAGCACAUUUGAAGGAAUUUUUAAGACCUUGAGUUCUAAGUUUGAGCUGGCUGUGGACGCUGUGCACAGGAAGGUGCCCGAUCAGCCAGUAGGGCCAAGGAGGGAGGAUAUUGUAGACACUAUGGUUUUCAAGCCUGCUGAUGUCAUGUUAGUGCACUUCCGCAAUGUUGACUUUAACUACGCCACCAAAGAUAAGUUCACAGAUUCCGCCAUUGCCAUGAAUUCUAAGGUGAACGGGGAGCACAAAGAGAAAAUACUACAACGCUGGGAAGGGGGAGAUAGCAACAGUGAUGAUUAUGACUUAGAAUCAGAUAUGUCUAAUGGCUGGGACCCAAAUGAGAUGUUCAAAUUCAACGAGGAAAAUUACGGUGUGAAGACAACAUAUGAUAGCAGUCUGUCAUCAUAUACAGUCCCUCUUGAGAAAGAUAACACAGAGGCAUUUCGGCAACGAGAGGCCAGAGCUGCCCAACUGGCACGAGAAAUUGAGUCAAGCCCACAGUAUAGACUGCGUAUUGCCAUGGAAAAUGAUGAUGGGCGCACAGAAGAAGAGAAGCACAGUUCAGUGCAAAGACAAGUGUCUGGAAGAGAUAGUCCCAGUUUGGCUUCCAGAGAGGGCAAAUAUAUACCACUUCCCCAGCGUGUCAGAGAAGGUUCCAGAGGAGGCAUACGCUGCAGUAGUUCUAGAGGAGGGAGGCCAGGCAUGGGCUCUUUACCACCCCGUGGGAGUUCACAUCAUUCAGAAAGCAACACUGGCUCUGUUCCAGAGCAACGAGGCAUCAAUGGAGGCCCAUCCAGAAUGUCUCCAAAGUCUCAACGACCCAAUCGAGGGGCCAAGAGUAUGUCUUCCCCGACCAGUCGACCCAUGGAAGUCUCCACUGCAUCUCCUACAGUGGGCCGUCUCUAUGCUCCACGUUCACCGAAGUCUGCCUCAGCUGUUCCAGUUUCUUCCCAAGAUCCCCCUGUGGGACCAGCUAUCCCUAUUGCUCCUGCAUCACCUUCUGAGUCAAGGCCUACCAUGGAAUCUAGUGCUUCCCCAACCCCACCUUCACCUAAGGUCCCAGCAUCUGUCCCAGUAGCUGCUGUUGAAGUUAAAGAGGUGCCUAGCUCUGCCACCAAAGAAGCCAGUAGGACUGUAGAAGUUAUGGGGCCCUCAGACUUGGUCAAACAGACUAGCAAAGGUCUCCAAAAUGAACAGAAGAGGAAUCAGCUUGAGGAACUGAGGAAGUUUGGAGCCCAGUUUAAGUUACAGCCCAGCUCCUCUCCAGAGGCCACACAUGACCCCUUUCGGCCUAAGGAGUCUCUUGAAGGGAAAGUAAAAGACAAACUUCCAGAGGUGUUGGUUGGGACAGGGGGCUCGUGUGAAGUGCCUGAAGAGCCUCCCAAACCCAGCCUGGAGUUCUGCGAAGGCAGCAGCAAGGAGGAGAAAGGGUCCUCUGAGGGCAUGGAACGCCAGACCCAGACAGCCAGUCCUCUGGGUAAAGGGGAAGCAGAGGACAAGGAAGAUGGCCCUGUCUCAGAGCAGGUGAAGAAGUCAACGCUGAAUCCUAAUGCAAAAGAAUUCAACCCCUCAAAGACUCUUCUUUCUGUGAACAAAUCAACAAGUACGCCAACAUCACCGGGGCCACGCACCCAUUCUACACCCUCAAUCCCAGUGAUUACACCAGGGCAAAGUGGCAUGUACAGCACACAGUAUAUUUCUUACAUCCCACAGAUUCACAUGAGCCCAGCUGUGCAGACACCUCAGAUGUACCCCUAUCCUGUUUCCAAUUCUGUGCCUGGACAGCAGGGGAAAUACCGAGCUAAAGGGUCUCUACCCCCCCAACGUUCAGACCAGCACCAGCCAACCUCAGCUCCUCCCAUUAUGCAAGCAGCAGCAGCUGCUGCAGGGCCCCCUCUGGUAGCUGCUACCCCAUACUCCUCAUAUAUCUCCUACAAUCCCCAGCAGUUCACAGGACAGCCUACUAUGAUGCAGCCUAUGGCCCAUUAUCCCUCGCAGCCUGUGUUUGCCCCCAUGCUACAGAGCAACCCCCGUAUGAUGACAUCUGGCAGCCACCCCCAGGCUAUCGUCUCAUCAUCUACUCCACAGUAUCCCCCAGCAGAACAACCUACACCCCAAACUCUUUAUGCCACAGUGCAUCAGUCGUAUCCCCAUCAUGCCACACAGCUGCAUCCGCAUCAGCCUCAACCAGCUACCACGCCCACGGGCAACCAGCAGCAAACACAACAUGCCGCCCCCAGCCCUGUGCAGCACCAAGCUGGACAGCCACCUCAUUUGGCCAGUGCUCAGCAGCAGCAGAACCUAUACCACACAGCUACGCUGACAGCUACACCACCAUCCAUAACACCAGGGCCCAGCGCUCAGUCUCCACAGAGCGGUUUCCCACAGCAGGCAGUUUAUGCCAUUCAUGCCCAUCAGCAGCUGCAGCACGGAUACACCAACAUGGCCCAUGUCACUCAGGCCCAUGUCCAGACUGGAAUUGCAGCUGCCCCACCACCUCACCCUGGAGCUCCACAAGUCAUGCUACUGCAUCCCUCACAGACUCAUGGUGGACCCCCUCAAGGAGGUGUGCCCCAGAGUGGUGUGCCCACCCUUUCCGCCUCCACACCAUCCCCCUACACGUACAUAGGGCACCACCAAGUUCAGUCUCAUCCCUCCCAGCAGCUUCCAUUCCACACCCCUGGGAAUUGAUGUCCACGCUUCUCCCUGUGACCUGAGACCCCAGCCAGCUAUGGCUCUGUUGCUGGCCCCCAAGCCUGGGCCAUCCCUUGUGCCCAUGGCAGAGGCCCCUGAAGGGAUGCAGUCUGGCCCAGCCCCUCUCGGCAAGCACCUUCCUUUCCGUUGGUUUAGUGAAGCCUGCCCAGGGUACUGUUGGCCAGCGGGAUGGAGCAAGACCCCUUUCCAUUGCCCAGAGAAGGGCAGGGUUUAUUUUCUGUUAUUUAUAACUCCAUUGGGGUUCCUAGAGCAAAUGCCACUUUCCCACAUUAACUUGACAAGGACAUGACCAUAUGGACAAAUCUUGACUUUUUAUUAAGUAAAAAUAUUUAAAAAGUAAAAAAAAAUAAAAUUUUAAACUAACUAAUGUUGGGCUUGGGGUGAAUGUGUGGGAGGGCCAGUUUGUAAACAGUAAUCCUUAUUUGUGGUUCUGCAGCAUCAGGGAGGAAGACUUUGUGAUCUUUCCAUCAUAUGUAGCUCAGCCAGACUUGAAGGACUGUUUUUGACUUCAGCAUUACUGUCUAGCAGCAUUAUAAUUUUCCCUCUCUGAAAAUAGAUCACCAAGGAUUAGUAGUGAGUGAUAGUGAAACAGAUCCUAAAGCAGUAGUUUUUAGUGCUGGGGUUACUCUGUGAAUACAGUAUACACCAAAUUAAAAUUUUAAUCAAUGCUUUUAUUGGAAUCAAUGACACCAUGUUAAAUUUAAGAACUUUGGGGAUGGGCAGAAAUAGCAUAUUUGUGCCAUACUUCAGAUUGGACUCUGCAUCCAGCCCAGCCUUGGCAGGAGUCUUGGGUACUAUUGUCGGUUUUUUUCAGAGAAGUUAUAAAACAGAAAACAAGGAUGAUGGUGUAGAGACCAUUUUGAAUCACUUAAAAGCCCCAGUUUUAUGCCUCAGCCAGUCACCAUCUGAGAAUUGUUUUAAAAUGAGUGCAAGUUAAGUUCAGUGUUGUGGACCAUGAGCUUUUCACUGCUCUUCAAUGAAAUCCAGUUUUCAUUUGUCAACCUGCUUGCAGUGUCAUAGUCUUGCUUUGAUCCUAACUAGUCAAUGUUGAGGUAUAAGGGAUCUGACAUUUUAUUUAGGAACCAUACAACUGUAAUCUGAAUCAAUGGCUAGA